UCUCACCCCCCCGCCAACUCACGCCAGCGUCGUCGCAACAUUCCUUCCGAUGAUGUGCAAUCGAGUGAUCUGCUCCUCAACAACGCAACAUGACUGACUGGAAUAAAUUAAAGGUCGUAGACCUGCGAGCUGAGCUCAAGAAACGAGGCCUUGCUUAUACUGGUCUCAAGCCGCAGCUUGUCGCUCGCCUUGCCGCUGCUGUGGAUGAUGGGUCAUCGGAGAGCGAGGCGACCGUCCAGGGAGAUGCGCUCAAGCUUGACGUCGCUGGAUCGACGACGUCCCCAGACACUAUAUCGCCAACUCAACUAUCGACCGACUUGACCACUGAACCCCAUGCCGACGCUCCUCAUACAACCUCAGACCCACCACCCGAGUCCGUCGACGAAGAUGUCGCACCUCAAGAUGGCUCUACCGAAUCCUUAGCUGUCGAAACACAGACUAAAACCUUGCCUACUGAACCUACGAACGCGACCGAAUCCUCACAGCCUCCUGCGCAACCUGGUGACCACGAAUCCACGCUGUCUUCUGUUGAACCACAAGAGGCUCUUGAAGAUAGACAGAAGCGAAAGAGAAGAUCGGAGACGCCCCCAGUUUCCGCAGCAGAUACUGCACGAAAACGGCUUCGGGCGAACGAGGAAACAGAGGAAUCAGAGGACAAGUUAGUGACUACACAGAGCGACUCUGCUUGGACUGAGAAACACAAUGCGGUAGAUGAAGCGGAUGAUAAUGCUGCAUCUACAGGGGUUGCUCAAGAAAAUGGAGGUGUUGAGCCGGGCCCUGCAACUAUCGAUGUCAGGGAAGAAGACGUUGUGAGAGAGAAUGUUGCAGAAGCGGGCAAAAGAUUGUCAACACAGGAUGAGAGUGAAGGAUCACCUGUUCGCCAACGCGACUCCAGAUUCAAGGGAUUAUUUGCAGCCUCACAAGUGGUAUCAUCCUUGGAAGAGUCUAUCCCCCGCGAUUCGGGUUACGAGGCUGGGGAUCAGCCAGAUCGUGUUGUUGAACCAGCAAUUCAUCCUGCAACCUCAGCUCUUUAUAUUCGCGAUUUUAUGCGCCCCCUCAACACUCCACAACUCAAAUUACACCUUGCUGCUCUAGCUACACCUAGUGGCCAUGAUGUGGAUCCGGAUUUGGUGGUCAGCUUUUAUAUUGAUCCAAUCCGAACCCAUGCGUUCGUUCUAUUCAAGAAUGUGUCCGCAGCAGCUCGUGUUCGAUCAGCACUUCAUGGUAGCAUCUGGCCCGAGGAACGAAACCGCAAGCCUCUUUGGGUAGAUUUCAUUCCGCCAGACAAGAUUGAUGAUUGGAUCUACCAAGAACAAUCCACCAGCGUUGGCGGUCGUUCGAUGGCAAAGAAAUGGGAGGUUGUCUACCAUAAUGUGGAUGAGGACCGACCUAUCGAAGCCACCCUUGAAGAAGCCAAUAAUCAGCCAAUUAUUAGGCAGCCCUCCAAUCCGGGUCCACCUAGACCGUCAGAACCACUGUCCCGUGAGCUUGAUGGGCCACCAAGACGCCCUCGUUCUAUGUCUCGUGAACCUACAUUCCGUGAUACAAACCCCUCCACUAGUCUCUCGACUCUGGAUCAGCUGUUCAGGUCUACUACUGCAAAACCACUCUUAUAUUGGCAACCGGUACCAAAUUCUCUGGCGGACAAGCGCCUUGACGCAAUUGACUAUGCGACUGCAAAGGAUGCAGCUGACAGAGUUACUGGAGAAAUCAAUCGAUACACGUUUGAGGAUGGGGAUGUGCUAGUGGACCGGGGCCCAGAGAUCUUUCCAGGGAUUCGACCUCCACGAGGCUACCGAGGCCCUGGUCGUGGAGGUGGUAGUCGUGGGGGCUUUCAUAGCAGGGGAGGAUGGGGCGGAGCUUAUGAUAGUUACAGAGGUGAUCCCAAUUUCAGGGGCGACAGAGGUGAUAGGAGAGGCUCACGGGAUGACUGGCGUUAUUAAGAUGGAUCAAGAUCCGGUACUAGGGAGGUCGGCCUUCUCCAUCUCGGGGCGUUUAGGACGACGUCUAUUUGCACUGGAUUCAUUCAAGGACACAGAAAGGGCUUGAUUGCAACUGUAAAACAAUUGUACUACUACUACAGGGAUCUAUAUGCUGCUGAUAUACCCUCGAAGAUCCUAACCGCUCUACAUACUGCGUAGCGAAAUAUGGGGUCUUAAAAUCAUUUUCAG